GCGGCUCCCCCGCUCUCGGGUCCGCCGCCGCCUUCCUGAGGGGAAGAGACCCAUUUUAAAGAGAGAGAAGCCAAAGAAUGGAAAAAAAUAUCAUCGGCUUCAAAGAGGAAGUCUGUGGCAUGGAGCUUAAACAUAUCUUUGCGACACAGCUUGAUGGUGACAGUAGCAGUGGGAGUAAACUUUGUUUCACCAUUUCUGAAAAAGAAAACUAGGAAGAGAAGCAAGUAAAAAGUUUCAUCUUUGACAGCUGCAUCUUAUGACUGGAGUUUUUCUGGAAAGGAGAAGGAUUGAAUUUGAAUGACUGUGUGGCACAGGUCGUGUAGCAUGCAGUACUGGUGCAGGCCAGAAGAUGUGUCAGAUCCCCUGGAACUGGAGUUACAGCUGUGAACUGGACCCUUGUCCUCUAGAAGAGCGCCAAGUGCUCUUAACUACUGAUCCAUCAUCUCUCCAGCCCCUUACUUUUGUUUAUGAUUGGGUGUCUGAUGUUACCUGGGUUAACUUGGCAUUUACUGCAUAACCAAGGUUGACUUUGAACUCUUGAUCCUCCUCCUACCACCUCCCCUACUAUCCUCUCCUCAGAGACAUAUUCCACAACACCCAGCUGCUGCAUAUAAAGCACAGAGAGUGAUGCUAGUCUGAAGGGCUCAGAUGUAGCUUCUCUGGCCGGUGGACAUGUCCAGGUGAACAAAGCACCAAAGACGCACCACUGCACCUCCAUGGUGGGAUUAGCCCUUCCCGAGCUCCAGCCCAGUGUGAAUGCCCUGCCGUGCCCAGCCUCCGCACCAAGCUAAAGAGUACCUGUUUUAUUCUCAGGAGAAGACAGCAUGGGAUCUAUUACCUCUACAUCUAAACCCCAAAUCAGUGAGUUCGGGACAGAAGGCACAGUCUCCACGGCAGCCCCAGUGACCAGCUCUGCACCCUGUUUCUCCAGUCCUAAACAGGAACAUUUCAUUUUGGCCUUUUUUGCCGGGGUUCUGCUGACGCUGCUACUUGUGGCCCUUAUCUUCAUUAUCGUCAGGAGCUGCAGAAAAAGUUACUCCAAGGCCCAGGCCCAGGCCCAGGACCCUCUUUCAGAGCCUCCCAUCAAGAAGCUGUCAUCUGUCUCAAAGGAGUCACUUACCUAUGCCAGCAUGACUUUCAAGCCCUCAGAAGGAAACAGCAGUGACUUGACUGGAAACCGCUCCACAGACUUGGACCCCACGGUCUAUUCUCAGAUUAAAGUGUCAGGCCCAUGCCUGCCUCUCCAAUGAGGCAGAAUGCAGGACCUCCCCUUAGUUCCAGCUACAGGUUGCUUUCUGGCUUUGUUUUGUAUGCUUGUUUUUGUUGUUUGUUUCCCGCAAACUUAGCACAACCUGUGCACAACUGCA